GCCCGUGUGUUCGCCCCCCCCCACUCCUCUCCUGCUCCUCUUAUAAACCUGCUGCGUGUCCUCUCAGCCUGACUCUGCUCUGCGCUGACGUUUGGAAACGUCCUCAGCUGUUGGGUCUGAGCGGAUUACUUCUGAAGACAGGGGCAGAGCCCACCAGCUGACACAAACACAUCUCCAUCCCCCGGGUCGCUGCCAGCCUCGCGCGCUUCACCUUUGCGGCCAGUAGUCAGCGCUCUCCUCUGAUCCCAGGAUGGAGCGGGUGCAGAACAUCACGCGUUCGGCCAUCCGCAGGGCGUCCAACAUCGAGGUGAACCCGCAGACCAAGCGCAACCUGCAGGAGCUUUUCAUCAACUUCUCCCUCAUCCUCAUCUGCCUGCUGCUCAUAUACAUCAUCGUCCUGCUGUUGUGAUGCCUGGAGGUCGGAGGGCAUGAACUGGACCCUGGCUAGGGGGGCUUUGAGGGGAGAGGAAUGGGCGCAAAGCAGCGGAACGGGAUUUACUUUGCCACUGCCUCUUUUUAGACGCACCACUUAUUUUUAUAACUUGGUGUUGAAGGGGAACUCCACAGAAGUUUCAAAAUUUUUGCACAAUUCAGUUGUUGAGAUGUAAACAAAAUCAUUCACACAGUUUUGGUGUGAAAUGGUUGAUUG